UGCGACCUGUUCUCUACGUUGGCCGACGUGCCGAUAAAUAAACUUUCAGAAAAUGUUUAAUAUAUGUACCCUUAGCGGUAGAUAGGAUUAUUACAGCACGAAAAGUAGCGGCAGUUUUAAAAACCGCACGAACUUUCUUGGUUGCCUGAUAUUUCCGGAUGUCGUUUGAAACGUUUGAACAACUACUAAGUACCAUAGAACCAGACAUUACAAAAAAAAUCGUUCUUCGCACACCAAUAUCUGCACGCACUCGUUUGCAAGUAACCUUGCGAUAUCUGGCUUCUGGAGACAGCAUGGUCUCCAUAUCAUAUGCUUUUCGCAUUGCACACAAUACUAUUUCAAAAAUUGUCUCAGAAACUUGCGCUGCAAUUUGGAAUUCUCUUAAAGCUAAAGUAUUUCCACAACCAAGUACAACUAAUUGGCUGGAUAUCGCAGAAAAUUUUGAAAAUAUUUGCCAUUUUAACAACUGUAUUGGCGCCUGUGAUGGAAAACAUGUUGUUAUACAGGCACCACCAAACAGUGGUUCGACGUACUAUAACUAUAAAGGACAACACAGUCUCAUUCUUCUUGGUAUAUGCGAUGCUAAUAGCUGUUUCAUUGUUGUGGAUAUCGGUGGUGAAGGAAGACAAUGUGAUAGUACAAUAUUUCAAAAUAGCGAGGUGAAUAAGCGAUUUUGCAAUGGAUCGCUUCAAAUACCUGCGGCGAAAUAAGUUAUGAAUAGUAUUAUAAAAUUACCAUAUGUAUUAGUCGCGGAUGAAGCAUUCCCACUAACCACGUUUAUAAUGAGGCCGUAUCCGCGAAAGAAUCUUGAUAUGAGAAAAAAAGUAUUCAAUUAUAGAUUGAGUUAUGCUAGACGAUCAAUAGAAUGCGCAUUUGGAAUACUUGCUGCUAGAUGGAGAAUAUACGGUAAACCUAUAAUUGCAUCUUUGCCCACAGUUCGAAAAAUUAUUCAGGCAACAGUUGUUUUGCACAAUUUUGUAAUGUCUACCGAAAGAAAUUUGCAUGUAACACAGAAACAAUAUUCAAAUUUUAGUACACAAGAUCGUGCAGUAAUUUCUAACGGCAUGAGAAAUAUAUCGAUAAAUCGCUCUUCAAAUCCUGUUGAAGCUAAAAAAAUUAGAGAAGACUUUGCAGACUUUUUCAAUGAAAUUGGCGCGUUACCGUGGCAAUGGGAUAAGGUUAUUAAUAACGAUUUUUAAAUAGUGGCUAAUAUAAUAAAUAUGUGAUCAAAACGUUUACAAAGAAAUAUUAAAUACA